AUGAGUGCAAUCGACGCGUCGUACCCGGACGACACCAAGCACGAGGACGGUGUCCUCGGGCCUGCCCAGAUGCAGGCGCAGGCCGGCCGGGGCUUCGGGGAAGGGACCACCCUUGCCGAGACGGCGGAGCAGCUUGGCGUCGAUGAGAGGAAGCUGGUCCGGAAGUUGGACAUGUAUCUCAUCCCUUUUGUGAUGCUGUCGUAUCUCUUGAGUUUCCUGGACCGUGUCAACAUCGGCAAUGCGCGCCUGUACAAGAUGGAGGAGGACCUCGGGCUUGUGGGCAACCAGUUCCAGACCGCCGUGUCCAUCCUGUUCGUCACCUACAUAACGUUCGAGGUGCCGUCCAACCUGGUGCUCAAGAAGUUCACUCCGAGCCGCUGGCUCGCCUUCAUCACGACGUCCUGGGGCAUCAUUGCCACUCUGACCGGUCUGGUCAACUCGUACGGGAGCUUGAUCGCCUGCCGUGUCCUGCUCGGCGCUGUGGAAGCCGGUCUCUUCCCCGGCAUGAACCUUUACCUGACGCUGUUCUACACCAAGCACGAGCUCGCGCUGCGGGUUGGAUACCUCUUCGUCUCGGCGGCCAUCGCGGGCGCGCUGGGAGGGCUAUUGGCCUUUGGCAUCGGCAAUAUGGAUGGUCUUCAGGGCAUGCAUGGCUGGAGGUGGAUCAUGAUCAUUGAGGGCAUCCCGACGGUCCUGCUCGGCAUCUCCAUGUGGUUCUUCAUCCCCAACGACGCUCAGUCAGCCUACUUCCUGACCGAGAACGAGAAGAGGAUGAUGAUCAUCCGCCACGGCCGCGAGUACGGCAACACGACCAGCGCGCAGGAGUUCAGCAAGAAGGACAUGAUGAAGGCCUUCAAGGACUGGAAGGUGUGGAUCUUUUGCGCGUCGCAGUUUGGCGCCGACACUAUGCUUUACGGUUACUCGACUUUCCUGCCUACCAUCAUCAAGGGACUCGGCACUUGGUCGUCGGCCGAAGUGCAGCUCCUGACUAUUCCCUGUUACUUUCUUGGAGCGGCCAUGUAUAUGAGCGUCGCCGUUCUUUCGGACAAAUUCCAGAGACGCGGACUCUUCUGCGUCAUCUUUGGAACCAUCAGCGUGGUCGGAUACGGCAUCCUGAUGUCGAACACGCCUGCAGGAGUUCAUUACUUUGGCUGCUUCCUCAUCGCCGCAGGUCUGUACAUCCUCGUUGGUCUGCCACUCGCGUGGCUGCCCAACAAUUGUCCGAGGUACGGCAAGAGGGCUACGGCCAACGGCCUGCAACUGACUAUUGGUAACGCUUCCGGCAUCAUGGCGCCAUUCAUCUACACCAACGGGGAAGCACCUCGAUUCAUCCGGGGACACGCGGUGACCCUGUCGCUCGUGGGCAUGACGACCCUGAUCUACCUCUUCAUGUGGACCUACUUCUCGCGGGUGAACAAGCAGAGGGCUGCGGGCAAGAUGGACCCCAAGCACCAGGGCAUGAGUGACGAUGAGCUGGCCGAGCUCGGCGACGAGAGCCCCCACUUCCGCUACGUGAUUUGA